AUAUGUAGUUCCUGAUACGAGAAUAGACAGUGAAAAAAGCACAUUGUCAUCAUCAGAGGAAUUCCGCAGGGACGAUCAAGUUUAGUUCGAUCAGAAAUCAAACAGAAGGCUAUGAAUGAAGACCAAAUCCUGUUACCUCGAGAUUGUGGUGGUGCUGCUUUUGUCUGUUAUUCCGUGGCCAGGACCCUCGGUAUUUAAAAUAUCAUGCCCCCGGGAUCGUGCUUCGAUGGUCAGGCGGAUCGUACAAAAGAGAUGGAUGCCGAUAUUGAAGAAGUACCAGGUAGAAUUACCCCUGGAGUGUCCUUUCCACGAGAGUCGGGAUAUUUUCUAUCCCCAACAGGCUGCCAAGUAUCAGCACAGAACGUCUCAAUGGACUUGUGGAUUGUGUGGAAAAUCUUUUUACUCGGAGAAACAUUUAGAGGCACAUUUCGAUAGCAGGCAUAAGAGUAAUAUCAACACAGCGGAAGAUGCUGUGUGUUUAGCAAAUUAUUGUGACAUAAUGCGUUGCGACGUACUAGGACCAUCAGAACUGGAAAGUUCUCUAGUCGAUGAUCCGGCUGGUACCCUGAACACAGACAUUCAAGUAUGGCGAGAGAACACUGAUAAAACAUCAACAGUUAUUCCCUGUGAGUGUCGUGACUUGACUCGAAUCUACAGUAAAGUCAGUGACAAAUCAGAAGUUAUGCCGGCCGGAUCGCAUCAUCAGAGCCACCAGAAGCACUGUCGACGCGAGGAAACUACCUCGUCCUCAGCUACGAGGACAUCAGAUUAUCAUAGAGACAUAGCUGGACCAGAUAACAAAAGCAGUGCCUGUGAACAUGGCGAUGAUGAAGACGAUGAUCCCAGCAAUCUUGUGGAGGCUGCAUUGCCAGCUGGAGAUAGAAAAGAAAGGAAGAGACAGUCAGAAAUUAGGAGAUUGAAGUCACAUUGCAAACCAGAGGAGCUUGCUAAACUCAAAAUUCAAUGCGAAGUGCUUGUGAGGGAUUGCAUUGCUGGAUUAUUAGCUAAUCUCUCAGUGAAGGAUUUCCAGGAUAUCGAGGGUGAAUUAAAUCGUGCAAUCUGCUGGUACUUAAGUUGUGACAGGUACUGGGAGGACACGAAACGUCACCAUCGUCACACACCCUGGUAUUUGCUCAUCACAUUCCUCUUUUUGCUAUCCUCCGGGAUAUCUGCUUGUUACUACGUCGUUUCUCUCCUCCUGAGUUCUGGAGAAGACGAUUGUAUGGACAUGGCUGACGAUCGAUCAGACGAUCGUCCAUCCACCACAUCCUCCCUUCACGAUCCAGGGGGAAGUAAUCGUCACGACGAUCGUCGAAAAUAUGAGGAUGGUGAGGACAGGCUCAUCCCCACUGGCGAAUUGCCCGACCACUACAUUUACGUCGCCUAUCCCCCAGAACUCAAACGACGUCUCUUGGAAAGUUGUUACAAUAGAACGACAAGAUUAUAACUUCUGAACAAAACCAGAGGGAGAAGAUUCAUCCUUUCGACUCACGCACGCACACAAUUAUGCGCAACACCCUCCUCAAAAAAAAUCAAGGAAAUAUGAAUAAAAAGAAUUACUGCACAGAGGAAGAAUUCUCCCCUUGGAUAUCGAGAGAAAAUGGUGAGGAAUUCAGUAAGAAAGUGGCAAUACAGCUGUUUAUCUGCUUUUUUUUUAUUACCGAGUAUUAAACGAUAUUUUUUGUUAAAAAUUUUUUUCGCUACAAAAAGAGUCUCUCGAUAUUUUUCUAGAUUGACUUAAUUUCGGGAUUAAUAAUUUUUUGAUACAGUGAAUUAUCUGGAUCACGAGUACUCGUACAAAAAAAGGUCAAGAUAUUUUUGUAGUUUUCUUGAAUAACAAGAUAUCUUGAUAUUCCGUCGUCUGAAAUCACUCGUUUCCAAAUCAAUUCUUAAUCAACGGAAUAGUCUAACCUGGCAUAAUUGAUUUGUAUCAUAAAUUAUUCUGAUAUUUUUGAACAAUGAAUCAUUAUCUUCUGUAAUGAGUGAUUUUAUGAGAAAAUAUCAAGACAAUUGUUCAGUGCUGUGACGACCUAGACCGUUUCGAGAAAAUUAUUUCAUCACAGGGGGUGUCUCUGGGCAUUUUCUUGUCAAAUGACUCAGUCCCAAGUGCAAUCGAAAUUAAUGUGUCAUGAUUUUGUGUGAAAUUAUCUUGAACGUCUCACUUUCUUCCUGAAUUCGUCACUGAGUUCCUUCAGCCUCUCUCAACUCGUGAUUUAAAACCAAUAAGUCAUUUUGAUGGAGCCAUCGGAGUCCCUCUGCGUCUCCAUAACACUCGAUUGCCGCAUGAGGAGUCUACGAGUCGCAGUGGCUGGUCCACGUGGCUCCUCAGACAUUGGUUGAGUUGAUACUGACUGCAUCUCCACUGCUUCGCCGGCUGAGAGAUCCUCGUAUGAAGUUGUUGCAGAGGGUGGUCUUGAGACAGUUAGAAAAACCCAUUUACAUUAAUAAAAAAUUGGCAAAUCAAUGAAUUAAUUUUUAUAAAAAUGAAUCCUCACUUGGUGGGAAUACAUUUGAGGCAGUCGGUGUAUUUCCAGUCCUUGCCGAAGAGUUCGCCCUCUUCAACAGUCUGUGGUAAACGAUGAUGCAGUGUCUCAGGCAGUCGUAAUCCGGACAAUCCUCCAAUGACGGAGACCGCCCCAAGUAUUACAAGUGGAAGCACCAAAUUCUCUUUACCCUAGUGAAUGAAUUGGUUUAGCGAAUUAAUUAAGUAUGGAAGUAAGCAAAUUUUAUUCCAUAAGAUAUAUUUACAAAAAAUUUUCCUAAAAUAUUUGACUACGGUUGGUCGAUUCUCUCAUUAAAAUAAAUAAAUCGAAUUUGAAAAAGAAUUUUUCUAGGGUUAAAUCUCUUCUGUACUUUAAUAAAUCCAAUUAUAGCUAUUAA